AAGGGGAGGACACGGCUGAGGCCGAUCACUAUUGUUAAUCUCGAGCUUAGGCACGCCACCAACCAUACUAAACGCGAGUGCCUCCAGAGCGACAGGGCGGACAUGCGCGGGUACGUGUCGUUUUGCCUCCUCUCUCCCCUGACCCUCACGCUCUCCCCCCGUCCUCGGCAUUCCGUGGCCCAUGCCCCGUGCCAGACCGGGUCGUUGUCGCCAUUGCGCAUCCAUGUUGAUUAAUGUUAUUCCACCACGCCCCCCUUUAUAGGGACCACCUCGUCGCUCCUCCUCAUCCUUCUCCUUGCUCCAUGUUCGGUGGCGUGGUCAUGGUGGCGAGGGCAGCCCAGCUGAGCGUUAGUCGUAGCUCGUGCCUACCAGGUAGAUAGGAGGCUGGUGUUGCUUGGAAGGAGGAAGGCCAGGCCAUGGCGCUCGAAGCCGUGGUGUUCCCGAAGGAGCACCUCGCGUGCGCGGCCAAGGCGGGAUCGGCGUCGCUGGGCUGCGGCUUCGACAUUGACGACCUCGAGGAGAAGGGCGGCGUGGUUCUGCAGGUAGAGGCCGCCGGCGCGCUGCCGCUCGGUGCCGGUGCUGCCACCGCAUGGGACGCGGCGCUCUGCCCGUGCUCCGUCGCUCCUGGCGCCGUGGAGGAGUGCUGGGACGCGCCGCGCCACCUCUCCGUGUCGCCGCCGCCGGUGCCCGCGGUAGCGGCUCAGGGAGGACGCGGGAAGGCGGCCGCGUCGGGGGCGGCGCGGAGGCGGCGACGGCGGCCGAAGGCGGUGAAGAACACGGAGGAGAUGGAGAGCCAGCGCCGCAACCACAUUGCCGUGGAGCGCAACCGGCGGCGGCAGAUGAACGAGUACCUCGCCGUGCUCCGCUCCGUCAUGCCGCCCUCCUACGCGCAGCGGGGCGACCAGGCGUCGAUCGUGGCCGGCGCCAUCAACUUCGUCAAGGAGCUGGAGCAGCUGCUGCAGUCGCUGGAGGCGCGGAAGCGGCGCGCGGGCUGCACCGAGCCGCCGCCGCCGCCGUUCGCCGGCUUCUUCACGUUCCCUCAGUACUCGACCGGCGCCACCGGUGCUGCCGGCGCUAGCGAUAGUUCUGGCUCUGCGGCCGGCGAUCAGAGCGGCGGCGGCGGCGGCGGCUGCGCGGGGGCGCGCCGCGGCGUGGCCGACAUCGAGGUGGCCGUGGCGGAGAGCCACGCCAACGUGAAGGUGCUCGCGCCGCGGCGGCCCAGGCAGCUGCUGAGGAUGGUGGUGGCGCUGCAGUGCCUCGGGCUCACCGUGCUCCACCUCAACGUGACCACCACCACCGACCACCUGGCCUUCUACUCCUUCAGCCUCAAGAUGGAGGAUGAAUGCCGGCUAUCGUCGGUCGACGACAUCGCCGCCGCGGUGAACGAGAUCGUCGCGAAGGUCUCCGACGAGGUCAUCAGUCAGUUAGCUGCUUAGCUGCAACAGUACUAAGCUAGUGUCAUGUAUUGUAACAACAAUUUGAUCCUAGUACAUGGAUAACUGAGGCAACAAGUGGCAAUUCGCGCCAUUGUCAGGCAUGUACUAAGUAGUAGGGUUCCAUGUUUGCGUGCAAGUAAACAUGUAUCGAUUGGACCAGCUUAAUUAUAAUUUUGCAUCUCAGUACUAAUAA